CUGAAAUACACACGAAGUUGUCAAACAUCUUUUAAUUGUUAACAUAAUUGAAUGAUGCUUUCGGACGUAAAUUUAGUCAAACAAACAAUCAUAUUUUGUUUAGUUUUAAAUCGUAUUUCUUUUGUUAAACCAAUGACUCAGCGUCGUGGAUACAUGUAUGCAGCUGUGGGUACAACCACUAAAGUUUGUCCAUUGGGAUACACAGGUCGGAACUGUAAUUUAACAUGCCGGUAUCCAUCCUACGGACAAGAUUGCCAGAAAAAAUGUAAUUGCGAACAACCACACUGUGAACACAAAACGGGAUGCAGAGGUUGUCCAGUUGGUUUUAUUGGCACAAAUUGUGAAGUAGAGUGUCGAUAUCCAAGUUUUGGUUUUCAGUGUCAACAAAACUGCAGUUGCGAAGAAAAGCGUUGUAACCACACGGAGGGAUGCAUAUAUGAUUUGACGACGAACAAAAUGGUUACGAGCACUUUAUAUACCUUAACAUCCACACAGGAUGAAUUAGAAUAUACGAUGUCUCAAGUCCACGGAAGUGAGCAUACUUUUUCUUCGCAAGAAGAUAUAACAAAUAAUGAAAUCAAACCUGCUUUCAUUCCAAUAAUAACCAUCGUUCUCUCAAUAUUUGCUCUUAUACUUGUGUGUGUUUAUGUUUCAACGUUUGCGGUGAGACCUUGGCCGCAAGAAACUGAGAACAUUGUUCUAGAAAUCCACAGGAAUUCAGACCAAGUGUAAAACAACUGAGAAAAAAUUGUUUGGUACUUUUUAAAGAUUUUUAUUAAGGAUUAAAA